AUGCGCUCCACGAUAAGAGCUUUCGCGGCCCUCGCCUCGGCAGCAUGCCUCAUUUCUCCCUCGACCGCCCAAACAUACACCAACUGCAACCCUACAGUACGAACCGACUGCCCAGCCGACUCAGCGCUCGCUCGCACUGUUAACAUCGACCUGAGCUCUGCGUCUGACAGCUUCACACCCCAAUCGAACCCCACAUACAGCAAAGAUGGUGUCUCAUUCACCAUCUCCAACUCUGGCGAUGCACCUCAACUCACAUCGAAGUGGUACAUCAUGUUCGGCAAGGUCGACGUCGUCCUGAAGGCGGCACCCGGAGCAGGCAUAGUCAGCAGCUUCGUCAUGCAGUCUGACACACUCGACGAGAUCGACUGGGAGUGGCUCGGUUCAGAUCCAGACGAGGUUCAGACCAACUACUUCGGCAAGGGUCAAACCACCUCCUACAACCGUGGUGCGUUCCAUGCAGAUGUUGGCAGCCAGGAUAGUUUCAAGACAUAUACCAUCGAAUGGACUCCCGAGCAGAUUGUCUGGCAGAUCGAUGGAAAGACUGUUCGAAGUCUUGAGCCUGCCAACGCCGAGAACCAGUACCCUCAGACACCCAUGCAGAUUAAGUUUGGUGCUUGGGCUGGUGGUGACCCAAGCAACGCCGCUGGUACUAUCGAGUGGGCUAGAGGUCCCACAGACUACACCAAGGGUCCCUUCACCAUGACAGUCAAGUCCCUCAAGGUCCAGGACUAUUCUACUGGAAGCACAUACACCUACGGCGACACCAGCGGAACCUGGCAGACCAUCAAGUCCAAUGGUGGUGUGAUCUACUCAGGUGGUGACAAGCCUAUCAACAGCGACUCACCUCAGAUCACUGCGACUGCAACUGGCGCUCCUCUUCCAUUCAUUCCUUCAAGGACUUCGUCGGACUACGAGCGACCGAGCGUGUACCCCUGGAUUCCUGGUACAUCCUCGGCCACUCCUGAGCCUACCUUUGGCAACUACCCCGGGCUUCCGAGCGGGUGGACUGUCUCUGAUAGCGGCAAAGUCAUUCCACCCAGCUCAGCUCCUCCAUCCCCUCUCGCUUCCUCUACGGCAUCGCCUGCAGCUUCGCAGCCGGCCUAUUCUGGCGAUUCUAAGCCUCUGAUCUGGACUGGCUACGAUGACCGCGGUUUCACUACCAUCUACACCUCCUACUCCGGCACUACUCAAGCUCAGCUUCCUGCAACUGUAGCUGCUGCGCAGCCUAUCUCUAUUACCAAGAUCAACGCUGAUCUAGCAUUGGAGAGCAACGCUGCUGAGACCGCUCCUCCUGUUCCAAAAGCCAAUACUGGCGCAACACUUAUAGCCGUCUGUGGUGCUAGCAUCCGUGGCGCUGGUCUUGCCAGUCUCCCGUUCUUCUCUAUGGCAUUGAUGGGACACAGAUGGUAAAACUGUUCCCGCUUUUGGCGACCACUUCUGGUAUUUGCGCAAUUUUUUUUU